GAAACUGAACUGUAGAAGAAGAAGAAGCGCCUUUCCUCUUCCGGGUUGGGGUAAUGAGGAUAAACAAACAUGUUGACAUUGACAGGCUGUAUUUCUAUUAUUGCCGGUUUAUAUCAGUCUCUCUACAGCACGAGUUAGCUCAUCAGUCGGUAUAAACGUUUGAAGGUCCUGGUUUGAUCAGAGGUGAACAGGUGAGUCAGCACGAGCUCAGUAGCUGCAUGCACACAGGCGGAUGGCUCUACCAUGUUUGAGAGUGAACUGCAGACAGAUGACUGCCGGGCUUCAGGUCUGCGGUUAUGCCACUGUUAGUAAAGCAUCCAGACCCCAGGAGAAGGACAGCGGCGGUCCAGUCUUUCAGUAUGUCGGUGAGCACAGAAAGCCCAAUCAUAAAGUGUUUGUUUGGGGCUUCAGCUUCACCGGGGCUCUAGGGAUCCCCAGCUUUGUGGUGCCCGACAGCGGCAGGAAGAAGCCCCGCAAAUACCAGCUCACUCCUUACCGGCUGGAGACGGCAGAGCAGAUCUCUUCUGCUGCCUGUGGUUAUGGCUUCACUCUCAUCGCCUCCCGGACUAAAGAUGUGAUCAAACUGUGGGGCAUGGGCCUGAAUAAGGACUCUCAGCUGGGCUUCCAACGCACACAACACAGCCGCCAUCAGAGCUAUGACUUCGUGCUGGAGCCUUCACCUGUUGCUCUGCCUCUAGUGGAGCCUCAGCAGACCCGAGUGGUUCAGGUCGCGUGUGGUCGCGCUCACUCUCUGGUCCUCACUGACAGAGAGGGAGUUUUCAGUAUGGGGAACAACGCAUACGGUCAGUGUGGACGGAGGAUAGUCGAAGAUGAAGUCUACAGCGGCAGUCACGUCAUUCACAAGAUGGAUGUCUUUGACAGCAGAGUCAUCCAGGUGGCGUGUGGACAGGACCACAGCCUCUUCCUCACUGAAUCAGGAAGAGUCUUCUCAUGUGGAUGGGGCGCAGAUGGACAGACGGGUUUGGGACACCACAACAUGAGCUCCAGCCCUGUGGAGGUGGGAGGAGAUCUGGCGGGGGUGAAGGUGGAGCAGAUCAGCACGUACGGAGACUGCAGUCUGGCUGUGUCCAAAGAUGGAGAGCUAUUUGGAUGGGGCAACUCUGAAUACCUGCAGCUGGCCUCUGUCACCGAGUCCACCCAGCUCAGUUCUCCUCAUCGUCUUCCCCUGAAGGGCUGCGGGAAGGUGGUCCAGGCUGCGUGUGGAGGGACGCAGGUGGCUGUUCUCAACGACAAAGGAGAGGUGUUUGUUUGGGGUUACGGCAUUCUGGGAAAAGGCCCCAAACUCUCUGAAUCCUCGACCCCAGAGAUGAUUCCCUCCACGCUGUUUGGACGCUCCGAGUUUAACCCCUCCGUCGCCGUCACCAGGGUCAGGUGUGGACUCAACCACUUUGCUGCAGUGACAGAUCGAGGCGAGCUCUUCGUUUGGGGGAAGAAUGUGAGAGGUUGUUUGGGCAUCGGGAAGAAAGACGACCAGUACUUCCCGUGGAGAGUGACUGUGCCCGGUCAGGUGGUGGACGUAGCAUGUGGAGUUGACCACAUGGUGGCGCUGGUGAAGUCCCUGCUCUGAGCCCCUGUGUUCCUCAGCAAUGGAUGAAAGCCUGGAUGUUUGGCUGACCCCCAGCCCCUCAGAGAGCCCAUCGAGGGCCACGUCGGAGUCUUGAAGCCAGCUGUUCUCUGCAGGCGGCGAACCCUCAUGUCCCUCCAUCCUGCAGUGACGUCAAACAGAGCAGAGACGUCGACCGUGCAGCGAACAGACAGACACUGCUCACUUUAUCCUGCAUGGAGGAUGCAACAUCAGACAAGACUUUGAAGGAAGCAAUUUAAAUUAUUAAGCCAUUUCUACACAUCGUUGAUCUGUUCACACAAGACAUGUUAAGACAUCAGCUUUGACCCCAGGAAAAAGAUCAAUGCACGAUAGAGUUGCAACCAGAAUGACGACUCGGGGUUGUUGUUGUUGUUGUUGUUUUAGCCAUCAUUACAGUCAAUAAUAAUUGUAUCCAGUCAUAUGUAACUUAAUUCCCUGAUUGUAAAGAUGGAUACAGUCUGACCCAGCUUACAUACAGCUCCAGCUUCCAGGGGGUAAAUCCUGUAAAUUCACCUGUUCUGAUAUUCUUUAUCCUCUCACAGGUUUAUUAGUCGCAACAGAAAGAAAACAAUUCAUGUGGUGAAAGUGAUUCACCGUGGCAUCAACAGGCUCUUGCAAUUUGGGAGUAUUUCAAACAAUCUGUUGUAUGCCAGCCUUUGAGAUGUUAGUAAAACAUUCGAGGAGCCAGUUGCAGCAUAAACAGUCCAAAACAAAAUGAUUAUCUGGCUGCCGGCUGCAGAGAGAGGUGAAGGCACUCCACCCGAGAGGAAACAGGUUCUGUGGAAUCAAUUUUACAUCCUGCACUCAUGUUUCACCUCACUGUGGUUAGUCUUUUUUUGGGUGCAAAGCAUGAGGCAGCUUGAGGAAGCUACAGAGUGUUGCUACCAGGGAGGGAUGCUGAAUGAGACUAAGAAUAAAAAAUGACUGAAAGGUUUGUUUAUUUUUUGCAAAUAGCAAUAAAGCAUGACUCCAGAUGAAAGUUUAAUGUUUAACUGAAACAAUAUGCAAAACAGAAAAUGACUGAAAUGUUGUGUAUAUCCAAAGCAAAUAAAUAUAUUUUUACCAACACUUCAA